AUGAGUGCUUACUAUUUACAAACAUUUCUUUCUCGUUUUCCAAUUAGUCAAUAUUUAGAUAUGAAUCAAAAAGCUCAACAUUGUUUUUUACUCGACGGUAAAACAAUUCUUCCAAUUAAUUACAAUUAUCAAUUAUUUAUACCUUUAAAAAUACUAAACACUACUGAAAAUAAAUAUUGUUCAUGUUGUCAAAAAAAAUAUCAAUCACAUUUAUUCGAUCAUUAUCGUCAGCAAUCACUUGAUGAAAAUAUAAAAACAACUAAUAUUGCCGAAAGAUAUCAAGAAAUUCUUUGUUCUCGGUCAUUACAAUCAAUAACAAAAUUAUCUGAAAAGAAAUGUUUUAACAAAAAAAUAUCAUCAUCUAAGAUUGCAAUUGUAAAACCAAAUGAGUGUAAAUAUUAUCAAUCUGUUCGACAAAUAAAUAAUAAUAAAAAUAAUAUUGAAACAUGUAUAUUAAAUAAAUUAAUAAAUAAUUCUUAUCUCAAAAAUUAUUCUUUACAUUUUACAGAUUUAAUCACCCCUCAUAUGAAACCCUCGAUGGAUUCAAAUCAGAUUAAUAAUAAUCAAUCACGUAAAUCUCCAUCAGCAAUCACUAUUAUUAUCAAACCAUUUAUAUCUUCAGAAUAUUCUAAUCGUUAUUAUCAAAAAGAAAUCUCUCUUAAUAAAAAAUUGUCUUCAAAUAAACGGAAAUAUUCAUCAUCCUCAUCAUUAAAAAGUAUAACUAAACGAAUAUCAACUUCCUUGUCAGAUAAAACAUUAAAUAAAACAUAUCAUAAACAUCGUUUAUCUACAUUUAAAGAUAUAACACGACCAAUUCUUUCAAAUUCAACUGAAAUAAAUCAUAAUGAAAAUAAAUCAUCAAAUAUUCUUCAUUCUCGAACACUUCUCAAUAUUUAUCGUAAUAAAAAACAAUAUAUGAAAGAAAAAUAA